UGGAGGCGGUGGGAACUCGUUACGCCAAGUGUCCCGGAGAGGUUUACGUGUGCUGAAGGAAAGAAAGAUUAAGAAAGAAAGAAGAAAAAGGGAAAUAACUGAUUAAAUGUGUUUGAAUUAUAGUGGAACUUACAAAAAUCUAGCUGAACUUUGCCGUUUGCUUUGAGAAACUGUUUGUGUUCAACAUGGAUAUGAUUAGAUGGCGCUUGGUCGUGGUGUCCUGCUUCCUGCUUGCCGCCCCGUCCACGCAGACCAGUCCCCUCAACGUCGCCGAUGACUCCAGUCUCGCUCUCCUUUCACAAGAGUGGCCUCUGGAGGUGAUGCUGGAGGUGACCGCGAAGAAAGAACUGAGGGAGUUCGUCAUGAAUUUCCACCUGGACGAGGUGAUGUGCUCCUCGAAGGCGCUCUACGAAUUGGUCGUCGGAGAGGAUAGCACCGACCUGGCCGGGUAUCAGUGGUGGAGCAGACAGUGCGGCUCCAAGACAGACUUCUCUCUCCUCGGGUUUCCGGACUUCACUCACGCCUCGCGGGCCAGGGAGCGCCGCGAUGCCAACAUGGGCGGCGGCAAGCAGUUCUUUGGAUUGACCCCCAAAGAGUGGAAGAAAAUCGGCAAACUGAUCACCAAAAUGUGCUGCAAACCCAUAAAGACGAUGGUGGAACUACCGACGGGAGGCGACUUGAAUGUGCAGCUGAAGCCCUCCUGCGUCGCCGUCAGGAGGUGCUCGGGCUGCUGCGACUCCCCGCUGUUCGAGUGCCGUCCGACGAAAGUCACUGAGAAGAAGUUUAAGGUCAUUGCGAUGGGCAGUGAGGUUCCUUCGAGAAAAAUCUGGGUCGAUGAACACAAAGCAUGCGAGUGUUCGUGCAGAGAGAGAGAAGAGCACUGUAAUAAAACCAUCCACUUCUACGACGCGGCGACCUGUAGCUGCAAGUGUCUCUCCGGCAUGAAGAACUGCUCGAACGACAAGGUAUGGGACGAGAAACGAUGCGCCUGCGUGUGCAAAAAGGAGAAGAAGUGCCGGGGGGGCAGGCACUUCGACGCGAGCUCUUGCAGAUGUCAGACUUGACUUCGAACUCCAUCGAUCUGCCCCGCAAGGUCGGCGCUGGAGGAGUCGGCGAAGGGAAAGACGAGAUCGCUUUUAAGGUUUUAAGUUGGCUGCAAGUUAGAUGUGGUAGAACUAUGAAUAUGUUAUUGCCAAGAAAGCUGUGAUUUUUCAAAUUUCUCUGUCUCUCUAUAUAUACAUAUGUAGAUAUACAUACAUCCAUACAUACGUACAUACAUACAUGCAUACAUACAUACAUAUAUAUAUAUAUAUAUAUACACAUACAAACACACGUAUAUAUAUACAUAUAUAUUGCAAACAAACACAUUCAUACUGAGUUUACACAAACCGUAAAGAAUAAGUUUCUACAAUUCAUGACAUAGUUUACAGUUGUAAUUCGAAACAUUACGUAAUUGCAUAAAAAAACGUUAUGCAAUAUCAGUAUCGCAAACUAUAACUAUAAUAGAUAUGCACGAA